AUGGUCACGUUGAUUGCUGUGGGUCUGUUCAUCUGGAUCCCGCUCUUCUUUGAGAGCAUGAGUCCGCGUGCGAAAAUCGCCGUCGCCACCGUCGCCAUUGUGCAUCAGGAAGUGAGCGGGAUUGCGACGUUGGGACCCGGGAUCAAGAAAAGACUCCAUCUUGAGUACAGUACCGCGGCGGACAUUGGACGUGAGAUCGAUCGACUGCCGGCGUUUUAUAUCAUUGUGCUCGGCGGGUAUCUUUAUAGCAUGAUCGUGGGCAAUCCGGCGGCGAUGGGGUUGAAUAUGGAUCUGCUUAAAGCUGUGUGGACGCUGAUUAUUGCAUUUUGUCUCAAUCGGUUGUACGUCAACGGCAUCGAGAGUGUACAUUCAAUCCGUCGGUCUGCGACGACCACCUUCGUCUUCUUCGACUUGCAUAUGCCGUUGGCUGCGUCGUUGGCUGCGGGCGGACAUGUGUGCGCAACGAGCGCGGGCGACGAUAAAGGGGAGUCGAUCAUGACGAAGACAAUAAGGAUUGGAAUGAGGCUUGUGGCCGGGGUUAUCUUGAUUCUUUUGCCUCUUGUGGAUGAGGAGCACUUUGAUGCUGUUUAG